GGGCAAGAGCUGCAAGGUGGUGGUGUGUGGCCAGGGGUCGGUGGGCAAAAGCUUGGCUCUGGAGCAGUUACUGUACGCCAACCAUGUCGCAGGUUCAGAGACCAUGGAGACACUGGAGGACAUUUACAUCGGGUCUGUGGAGACGCACCGCGGCACCCGAGAGCAGGUCAGGCUGUGCGGUGGUCACGAGUUUCCGCGGCACUACUUGACUUUCGCCGACGGCUUCGUGCUCGUCUACAGCAUCGACAGCAAAGAGUCCUUCAAACGCGUGGAGGCUCUGAAGAAAGACAUCGACCGCUGCCGUGACAAAAAAGAGGUCUGAGUGUUUGUCAUGCACAGACUGCACACCACCCGUUCAAAAGUUUGGGGUCAA